AUGAAUCAGUCGCCAAGAGGUCAAUCUUUUCAGAAAACGGGCAAACCAUCAAUUAAUAAUGACAUCGACAUCAAUUCGAUCGCAUUUUUUAACGCUCCUAUGCAUUUUCAAAUGUCCACGGAAAUUCCCAAAAUAUUACCACCGCCUACAAACAACCAAAUGUUACAUCUUCCAACGCCAAAAAUUCCUAAUUUAAACAUUGCAAAUCCCUCCAUAAAUCAUCAACUAUCGGCACCAAAUGUUAACUAUCCGCCUUCUGGUCGAGGAAACGUUACAAAAUCAAGGCAAAUUACAAGUCAUGACCCCAAAAGAGAAAUGC